CGCCGCAGCCCGGCAGCGCGGGGAGAAGGCGGCAUGGCGGCGCGCAAGGCGGCAGUGCUGCAGGCGUCCCCGCAGCACGAGCAGAUCUCUCACACAAAGCUUUCUGCGGAUGAUGAGUGGAAUCUGCAGCAGGAGAGGAUGUACAAGAUGCACCGUGGCCACGAGUCCAUGCACGUGGAGAUGAUCUUGAUCUUCCUCUGCACCCUGGUUGUCGCCCAGGUAGUGCUGGUGCAGUGGAGACAGAGGCAUGGCCGAUCCUACAAUCUGGUAACCUUGCUGCAGAUGUGGGUCGUCCCUUUGUAUUUUACGAUAAAGCUUUACUGGUGGCGGUUUCUAUCCAUGUGGGGAAUGUUCUCGGUGAUCACCAGUUAUAUCCUCUUCAGAGCUACCCGAAAACCCCUCUCAGGGAGAACACCACGAUUGGUGUACAAAUGGUUCCUCCUAAUCUAUAAGCUCAGCUAUGCAUUUGGUGUUGUGGGUUACUUGGCUAUCAUGUUUACAAUGUGUGGAUUCAACUUAUUUUUCAAAAUCAAGGCUAGAGAUUCCAUGGAUUUUGGCAUUGUGUCCUUGUUCUAUGGCCUCUACUAUGGGGUAAUGGGGAGAGACUUUGCGGAGAUCUGCUCAGAUUACAUGGCUUCUACUAUAGGGUUCUACAGCGUCAGCGGGAUGCCCACAAGGAGCUUGGCUGAUGACAUCUGUGCCGUCUGUGGACAGAGGAUCAUCGUGGAGCUCGAUGAAGAGGGGCUCAUUGAAAACACCUACCAGCUGUCGUGUAAUCACGUCUUUCACGAAUUCUGCAUCCGAGGUUGGUGUAUUGUUGGUAAGAAGCAGACCUGCCCUUACUGCAAAGAGAAGGUUGAUUUGAAGAGGAUGAUCAGUAACCCCUGGGAACGCACCCAUUUUUUGUAUGGACAAAUCCUGGAUUGGCUUCGAUAUCUGGUGGCCUGGCAACCUGUGGUAAUAGGAGUCGUUCAAGGCAUUAACUAUUCACUGGGGCUGGAAUAGCACAGCACACUUACUCCAGCAGCAAUGUAUUGCAUGGCUGAAAUAUUUUUAAAUCUUUGGUUCUAUAUUUAAUAUUGAUAUUCUUUUUUCAUUUUAGAGAUGAUCCCCAGAGUUCAGAAAACUAAAUAAAAUUUGGUAUCACACUUAAAGCAAUUUAUCUUUGUGCAAAGAAUUAAAGAGAAGCUAAAUGGUGGAAUAAACAAAAAAAGUAUGCUCUCACAUCUUUCCUAUCCCAAUUGUUUUCUAGAAACCCAUGCAUGCAGUACAUUGGUCAUACCCCACAUGGACAUUCCACCCCAAGUUUGGCUGAGAAUGGUCUCACCUGAAAAGGGUUUCAAGGGUUUUCAAAGUACUUGUCACAUAGAGCAUGGAGUUAUAAUUCGUUAUAAUAAUAUCAUCAGUUCAGUAUCUUCAGAGAAAGUAGAACUUUUCGGUUAUCUGCAGUUUAAGGAUUUUGUCUUUCUACUCAGUGUGCUAUCAUCAUGUGGAGGCACUACACCCACAAAGCACUUGGACAGAAGGUGGGACUCCUGAAGUCUGCUAUAUCGGGUGUCACACUUACUCAGUGGGCCACAGCUACUCUGGGGUCCUCGGGGCUGCCGAGUGCACUGCACCCACCCAAGCACGCACUGAAGGGAAAAGAGUCACUCUGCUUUAGUGUUACUCACUGUAUGCACACUCACACACGCAAAUGCACACAUAC